CUACCUGAUACCAAUAGAAACUAUAUUCAGAAAUCUAGGUUGGAGUUUAUACAUCUUAUCAACCUGUUCCUUCUAAAAGAACUAUGAAUUCAGAAGAUUCGCAGCCAUCUAGAAAUUUUCCUAUCUCAACACAUUGCCUGUAACUGUCUCUGAACUGGCUACAGAAUGGAUGUUGCAUUGCCAGGCAGGAAAACAACAUUAUUCUCAUUGUACAUCUCCACCAGAGCUCUUGUGUGACCAGAAUGCAGAAUAGGAGAAUUUCACCCAAAGAUUCCUUCUAGUGGUGAAUAUGUGUCAGCCUGAGGGAAAGUACUUCUACAGAUACUGUCUCCACCCAACUGCGGAUGUCGUCUCAAGCAUAAAUCAGAAGAGAAGAGGAAAUAGCAAUCUGGUCUUAGAGAAAAUUUGUGUUUAUUUAGCCCAGUGGGAGCUCUUUCAUUUGGCUUCUGAUAUACCCUGAUAUCCUCCAUCAAAAUGGAAGCCCAUUUGAAUUCAGGUGGUCAACACAAACAAAAUUAUGAGCAGUCUGCUGAUCAGAGACCUCAGUGACACUAAUCUAUUGCUCAGUCUGGGAGAAGAUCCAGGCCAACAUUCAACAAGUCUACCUACUACUAACAAAAGGUACACUUUCAAGUGAUUUUCUCAAUUCAGAGGAACUCAGAAAUUAAGAGGUCCCAAAGGAGCAUAGAUAGCUUGGAGCAAUGAUGAUGAACCCAAAACAGACUGAAUCUCUCUGUGUUUCUCAAUCCCUUGAAGCUGCUGAGGAUGAAAAGAGAGCCUGCGCAGUCCUUGAGACAAUCAUAAGAAGUACCGACUCUUAGUGUCUACCUUUAACAGAGGAAGAAAUUGACCCAUAAGGCAGUCUGAUAACUCACACAGAAAUCACAGCAGCAUUCUAAGCAUCUGGAAGAUACUUUGCUGUAAGAAGAAUGUUCUGACAUAUCUACUUGAUGAUGGAGAUGGAACUUGCAUUUGUGUAUAUCACAGACUGCUUUGCAUAUAUUACUCUGGAGCAAGGGAUAAACCUACAGAUUCAGAAUUCAACAUGUGAUUUGAAAAUCAGCUCUUCUGCCCAAGUCAAUGGAUGGAUUAAAUAAUUCUAUGGUUUCUGAGUUUGUGUUGCUUGGACUCUCUAGUUCUUGGGAAACUAAAGUUUUUCUUACAUUAAUAUUUUCCUUGAUCUAUUUAGGAAUCAUCCUGGGAAAUCUCUUCAUUGUCUUUUUGGUAAUUUUUGAUUCUCAUUUACAUUCUCCUAUGUACUUCCUACUGGCCAAUCUGUCCUUCAUUGACGUGGGGGUUGCCUCUACCACAGUCCCCAAAAUGAUUAGAGACCUUUUAAAUGAAUACAAGAUAAUUUCUUUCCAAAGUUGUAUGACACAGAUAUGCUUCAUCCACAUCAUGGGAGGAGUGGAGAUGGUGUUACUCAUCGCCAUGGCAUUUGACAGGUACACAGCAAUCUGUAAGCCUCUUCACUACCUGAACAUCAUGAACCCUAAAAUAUGUGUUUCUUUUGUAAUUGCUGGCUGGGUCAUUGGGGUGAUCCAUGCUAUGUCCCAGUUUGCUUUCAUUAUAAACUUGCCCUUUUGCGGUCCUAAUAAAGUAGACAGCUUUUACUGUGACUUUCCCAGGAUCAUAAAACUUGCAUGCACAGAUGGAGCCAAGUUUGAGUUUAUUAUUGCUGCCAACAGUGGCUUCAUGAGCAUGGGCACCUUCUUCCUGCUAAUCCUUUCCUAUAUCUUCAUUUUGGUCACUGUCUGGAAACGUUCUUCAGGAGACUUAUCCAAAGCAUUUGUCACUCUGUCAGCUCACAUCACUGUGGUGGUUCUAUUUUUCACUCCAUGCAUGUUUCUCUAUGUAUGGCCUUUCCCCACAUCGUCAAUUGAUAAAUACCUGUUCAUUGCUGACUUUGCUAUCACACCCAUCUUAAAUCCCAUCAUAUAUACGUUAAGAAAUAAAGACAUAAAGGUAGCCAUAAAAAGAUUGAGCAAAUAA